AUGGAAACCAACGGGGAAACGCUCUCUAGCCCAAGAUCGGAGGAAGAUCGUGAUCUUUUGGAACGUAGUACGAAGAAAGACAAGACGGACGAACGAAUAAAGGCAGACCAGAUGGCGAAUGUUGUGUCGGACGCGGUGUCGUUUGUACAGGAGACACCGAUGGAUGUUCUGUUGGCGACAAGUGUGACUCCGCUACAGGUAACGAAUAGCCUUGACUCUUCUGUCCAGGUAACGUCCCCUGUUGUGUCGCAGGUACCGGAGACAGCUAGGAGAUCUUAUGCUGCGACUGUGGCUGGCCAUGUAGAGCAGACUUCGCGAUCGGAAAGGGAACUGGAAGACGACGAACAGGAAAUCCUAUCGGAUGAGGAUGAUGAUGAUCCAUUCUGCCCGACGAUCCGAUUGACGAAGGCGGAGCUGGAGGAAAUACGGGCACCUUGGAGGUUAGCGAUCAUCGUGAAGGUGAUGAGCAGAUCCGUAGGAUACGCCUACUUGCUACGUCGACUCACGUCAAUGUGGAAGCCGAAGGGGAAGAUGGAUCUCAUCGCCAUAGAUAACGGGUAUUUCAUCGUGAGGUUUGGAGCAGUUGAAGAUCUGGAGUUCGCUAUGUUUGAAGGCCCGUGGAUGGUCUUGGAUCACUAUCUCAUAGUGAAACCUUGGGUUCCAGAUUUUGAUCCCUUCUCGGACGUCACGGAAAAAGUCCUGGUAUGGAUUAGAAUACCCUGCUUACCUACUGAAUACUAUAGUUUGAUCUUUCUCAGGAAAUUGGGCAACAAGGUGGGACGAACGUUACGUGUUGAUCGAGCGACGAGUGCAGUAUCACGAGGAAUGUUUACGCGAAUUUGUGUGGAAGUGGAUAUUACAAAGCCUCUGAUUUCCAAGUUUAAUUACAAGGGUCGUACCAGGUCGGUAGAGUAUGAAGGCAUUCACAUGGUGUGCUUCGCAUGCGGUAUUUAUGGCCAUGAUCCGGAUGCAUGCCCGAAACUGGCUAGGCCUGAGGAACAACGGAGGGAGGAAGGAUGA